CUGCUGCGGCGGCCGCCGCGCUCCCUCCGCCCGCCCCGCUUCCGCCCGCCGCCGCCGCCGCUGUCUCCUCUCUUCUCCCCGCCUCGGCGGCUCCCCGCUCCCAUCGGCAAGCUCCACGGGCCAUCGUCGCCGCCGCCGCCGUCGUUGUCGUCGUCGUCAUCGCCCCCCCCCCCCACCUCCACCCCGCCCCCUUCCGAGACGUUCCGGUUGGGGGUGACCCGCCGGCCAAACCCGCCGGCGGCCGCCUCGCUCCGCAGCGCCCGGGCCUGCCCAUUGCUUCGCCUCGGGCCCGUCCGGUGACAGUCGCGGCCGCGGGAAGUGGCGGCGGAGGAGGAGGAGAAGGAGGCCGGAGCCGGGAUGUCCGGGCAACAGCAACAACAGCCGCCGCAGCUCCCCUUGGCGGCCGCCGCUCCCCCGCCGGCGUCGGGGAUCCCCUCUGCCGCCGCCGCCAACCCGGGCCCCGCGCCGGCCGCCGCGCUCCUGCUGCACCCGCCGCCGCCGCCGCCGCCGGCCACCGCUGCGCCGCCGCCGCCCGCCGCCGGCAGCGGGCCCGCGGCGCCGGGGGCCGGCGGUACCGGAGGUACCGGCGCGGCGCUGGGCCUGGCGCCGGGGAGCAGCGGCGGCGGCCCGGCGCCGUUCCCGCACGGCGACCCGGCCCUGAACGAACAGGAGAAGGAGCUGAAGCGGCGGCUGAAGAGGCUGUACCCGGCCGUGGACGAGCAGGAGACGCCGUUGCCCCGCUCUUGGAGCCCGAAGGACAAAUUCAGUUACAUCGGCCUCUCCCAGAACAACCUGCGGGUACACUACAAAGGUCAUGGGAAAACUCCAAAAGAUGCUGCUUCUGUUCGAGCUACACAUCCUAUACCUGCAGCCUGCGGCAUAUACUACUUUGAAGUGAAAAUUGUCAGUAAGGGAAGAGAUGGUUACAUGGGAAUUGGGCUUUCGGCACAGGGUGUGAACAUGAACAGACUACCCGGUUGGGAUAAGCAUUCAUAUGGUUACCAUGGAGAUGAUGGACAUUCAUUCUGUUCCUCUGGAACUGGACAACCCUACGGGCCGACGUUUACUACGGGCGAUGUCAUCGGCUGUUGUGUCAACCUCAUCAAUAAUACCUGCUUCUACACAAAGAACGGGCACAGCUUGGGCAUCGCUUUCACAGACUUACCGCCAAACUUGUACCCUACAGUAGGGCUUCAAACACCAGGAGAGGUUGUGGAUGCUAAUUUUGGCCAGCACCCGUUUGUAUUUGAUAUUGAAGACUACAUGCGAGAGUGGAGAACCAAAAUCCAAGCACAGAUUGACAGAUUUCCCAUAGGAGAUCGGGAAGGAGAGUGGCAAACAAUGAUUCAGAAAAUGGUCUCCUCUUACUUAGUUCACCAUGGAUACUGUGCAACAGCAGAGGCAUUCGCCAGAUCCACAGACCAGACUGUGCUAGAAGAAUUAGCUUCCAUUAAAAAUAGACAAAGAAUUCAGAAAUUGGUUUUAGCAGGAAGAAUGGGAGAAGCCAUUGAAACAACACAACAGUUGUAUCCAAGUUUACUAGAAAGAAAUCCUAAUCUCUUAUUUGCAUUAAAGGUGCGCCAGUUCAUAGAGAUGGUGAAUGGUACAGACAGCGAAGUGCGGUGCUUGGGAGGCCACAGCCCAAAGUCUCAAGACAGUUACCCUGUUAGCCCACGGUCCUUCAGUAGUCCCAGCAUGAGCCCCAGCCAUGGCAUGAACAUUCACAGCUUGGCAGCAGGCAAAGGGAGCAGCACACACUUCUCUGGGUUUGAAAGUAGUUGCAGUAAUGGAGUAAUAUCAAACAAGGCACAUCAGUCCUACUGUCACAGUAAACACACGAGCAGCAGCUUGAAUGUACCAGAGCUCAACAACAUAAACGUAUCGAGGUCGCAGCAGGUGAACAGCUAUUCCAGCAAUGAUGUAGACAUGGAAACAGAUCACUACUCCAAUGGGGUUGCUGAGACUUCGUCCAAUGGCUUCCUAAAUGGUAGUUCUAAACAUGAUCACGAAAUGGAAGAAUGUGACACAGAAAUGGAAGUAGACUCCAGUCAGCUGCGCCGGCAGCUGUGCGGCGGCAGCCAGGCGGCCAUCGAGAGGAUGAUCCACUUCGGGAGGGAACUGCAAGCGAUGAGCGAGCAGCUGAGGAGAGAAUGUGGCAAAAACACAGCCAACAAGAAAAUGCUCAAGGACGCCUUCAGUUUACUGGCAUAUUCGGAUCCCUGGAGCAGCCCCGUGGGGAACCAGCUGGACCCCAUCCAGAGGGAACCCGUCUGCUCUGUCCUCAACAGUGCAAUACUCGAGACUCACAAUCUGCCAAAGCAACCGCCGCUGGCCCUGGCCAUGGGCCAGGCCUCGCAGUGCCUGGGGCUGAUGGCCCGCUCGGGGAUCGGCUCCUGCGCCUUCGCCACGGUGGAAGAUUACCUGCACUAGCUAUGCACGGGGGCUGGCACGGGCACAACGCCUCUGCCUCGGAGUUAUGUACUAAGGACGAGUCUGUCGCUUUAUGUUGCUUCCUAGUUUACAGCAUGAUGCAAAUGAUUUCUAACUUAGCGUUAGGAGACAAAAAAUAAAACCCACAAAUGUCCAUCUUGAAACCUCUUAGAUGUCUAAGAGUUGAAAGCAUCACUGAUGAUGAUGUCAGCCAUCCGAAUUGAUGAGUCCCGACCCCGGAAACGAUCGUCCAAAGCGAACCAAAGCUGCGGCUGCCCGGGGGGAAGAGAGCAGCCGGCGCGGCCGGGGGGAGGACGUGAACCUCAGCGGGAUGACUUUGCCAACCUUCCACCCCAUCGUUAACGUAGUUCAAUCAGUGUGAUUUGCAAAAUGCAUCCACAGCCGAUGGAUAUAUAAUAGUGUUGAUGGGAAGAAAUGAUAUUUUUUAAUGUGUACUGUAAAACUUGAAUUACUCAGGAGCUGAGUGAAUCUGUUUGUUGCUACUUACAAUCCCAACCUGUUGAUCUUAGUAAAAGGGGUUUGGUUUGUUUUGUUUUGUUUUAACAUGGUCUUUUCAACUUUGUUUCCUUGUUUAACUACGGACAGCUUCUGUUGUGUAGACUCACCAGUUUAACUGUUGUAUUAUAUAACAGUAUUACAUGUCAACACAGUGUGGUUAUGACCUAUUUAUAUAAAAACCAAAUAUUUAGUCAAUUUACAGUCUUAAUUUAAUCUUUGUACA